AUGUACUUUCCUGCCGCCGCCAUCCUCUCAUUCUCUCUGGUGCUGGUCGCCCCUGCGGUCGUCGCCGGCAAGAAGGCCAAGACCGUCAAGCUCGACGUCGACUUCUCGACCUUCGUCGACGGGUCCGACAUCAACUCGUUCCUCGACCGGCACCAGCUCUACGUGAGCGACUACUCCGUCGGCUCGGAGCCCCUCAGCCACACCUUCGUCAAGCGCAACGUCGACAUCGUCGCCGGCUCGCUCCGCCUCAAGGUCGACGGCCAGAGCGGCAGCGGCGACGUCAAGAGCGCCGAGGUCGGCACGUACGACAGCGACAUUCGCUACGGCACCUUCACGACAAUCGCCAAGCUCACGCCGGUCGAGGGCGUGUGCGCCGGCUUCUUCACCUACACCGACGACAACAACGAGAUCGACAUCGAAGCCCUCUCGUCGUACUACAACAAGGGCUACGGCUACUCGGUUCAACCUGGUCUCGAGUUCACGAACCAGCCGCUCAAAGCCGGCGGAAAGUCGACUAACACGGCCGUUGCCUACGACUUUGACCCGACUGCCGACUUUCACAACUACACGAUCGUCUGGAUGAAGGGCAAGAGCGAGUUCCACGUCGAUGGCAAGCUCCGCACGACCUUCCGCGACAACGUGCCGAGCGUCGGCGCGAGCUUCCUCUGGAACGCGACGUCAACUGGAGCGCCGCCCAUGCGCUAG